CUUAUUCUGCAUCUGUACUGAGAUUCUUAAGACAAAAUUCAUUUCAUUUUAUAAGUUCAUCAAUGCCUUUGAAACAUUCGUAUCACAACAGGUAACAAUUAAUUAUUUUAAUACACAUCUCCUUUUAAUUGUUCUUAUUUUAUAAUUCUGUUUUGUUGCCAACACCAUUCCAUUCAUGGCUCCAAAAUCCAAGUCAAAAAAACAAAACGAAAAAACGGCAAAAAACGUGAAGGAGGAUGCUAAAAACAACGGGAAAAGUGAUGUUGGAAGGAAGGGUGGAAAGAAAUACUUAGAGCAGCAAAAUACUCUUCCCAAUCGUCCUACAGCUAAACAAGUUGUUGCAGGUUCAUCUUGGACAGGAAAGAUCCCAGCCGUAUUAUUGAAUGAGUAUUGUCAAAGGCAAAAAUGGGACAAAUCAGAUAUUUACGUAAAGCCAAACAAGGAAGGCAAGUUCAUUGUAAUUUCAAUAACAUUGUCCAGACGAGUAUCUAAAAGCUCAAUGGCUUCUGAAAAAGUUACCCUUUUACCGGAACGAAACUUGAUUGCUUCUGAAACAUUACCAGCCAAGGACACUCCCCUAGAGGCCAGAAAUGUUGGCGCCGUUUAUGCUCUUCAUCGUAUUCUUUCUCACAAAUCAAUGCAACAUGUUUUUCCACCCGAACAUCGAAAGAUUUGGGCUGACUUACAGGAUAAGAAGAAACUAGACUUGGAGAAAAAUCGACAAUGGCUUUAUAUGGAAGAUCCAUUCAAAGCACAAAAACUUCACAUGGAAGAGGAACAAAAAAACAAAGAAAAGGUCGCAAAGGCCCGUGCAGCAGCUGAGGCUUUGAGAAAAGACAAUUUUAUUUCCAAAACUAUUCUCCAAAACGUUGGUAGCGACAACAAGUUUGAUUUUCGUCAUCCUCUUUCUCUCAGUAUGAAUGCCAGUAAUCGCUUGACAUUGCAAAACCUUCUUCAAGGUUUUGAUAUAUGGGAUUAUGAGAAUCCUAAAAGUAUGUCGGAGGAAGAGAAACAAAGUAUUGUUUCGAGUCUGGUACAAGCCGGCUUCAGAAAAGCUCAUGCGGAGGAGAGCUGCUCCUAUACUUCGUCAUUUGAAGACGCUCUCUGUUGGUUAUUAAUUCAUGUUCCGGAAGAUGAUCUACCUUCAAGAUUUCUGCCUGAAGUCGACAGCUCUGUUUCCUUCCAGUUACAUGAUUCAACAGAAUUAGCCUUUCACUACUCUGCCAAACGAAUGUCUGCAACUGGCUACAACUAUGAUUUGUGCCUUGCUACCCUGAAGGAGUGCAACGGUGAUAUAUUCAUAGCGUUUGAGGUUUUACAGCAACAAUUGCUGGGGCUCGAUAUCAAUCCAGCAGCAUGUGAACGCAGUGGUGACACAAUUGAAUGGGACAAUGAAAUUGAUGCAUUAAAGUGUACUCUUGGCCCAAAGGAAAUUCAGCUUACGAAGGAAAAUGAUUGCGAAUUUACCAUCAUUCCGCCGAAGUCUGUACACCCAAAUCCUGUCAAAAUCACUUUAAUAAAGCCAGCACGUUCCUAUCCUCAACAUAUGUUCUCUAUUGAGGUUUCGUCGUCCUCCAAACUUGCAUCCUACAUCAAGUUAAACAUUAUUAAGAAGACCGCUUCUUUUGCCAAUAUGUAUUUAAAUGAGCCAAUGCUGUUUGCGACUUAUGAAUACUUGAAGGAAAACAUUAAAGACUUGAUUGAAAAUGCCGGCAGCCUUUUAGAGGUUGCCAAUGUUGUUGUCGGAACGAAAACCGAGGAAAUGGAGGUCUUGCAAAAAGCUAUAAAACGUCGUCCUAAAGCAAUUAGAAAGCGUGCAAGGAAUGAGAAUCUUGCGGCUAGCGCGAUUAAAAAAAGAAGAGAUAUACUCGCUGAUUCAUCUAUGAAACCAAUCAUGGAUUUGAGACAAACACUCCCGGCAUGGAAGUUAAAGGACCGUGUUAUACAACUCUUUUCCGAAAAAAACGUAGUGAUUGUUAGUGGUGAAACUGGUAGUGGUAAGUCCACUCAAGUUGCACAAUUCAUUCUUGAUCAUGAACUAGAAAUUGGAAAUGGAGAUAUAGUCAAAAUUGUUUGUACGCAACCCCGAAGAAUUUCAGCUAUAAGUUUGGCUGAUCGGGUAGCGUAUGAACGAGGCGUUAAAGUGGGCGGGGAAGUUGGAUACAGUGUUCGAGGUGAAAGCAAGCAAGGAAAAGAUACCAUGCUUGAAUUCUGUACGACAGGACUGCUUCUUCGCCGAGUUCAAAUGAUGGGUUAUGCCUCGGUGAACAACUUAACAUGCAUUAUUAUUGAUGAGGUGCACGAACGGUCAGUUGAAAAUGAUUUACUUUUGGCUUUACUGCGAGUCAUUCUCUCAAAGAACCCAAAGCUGAAGGUCAUUCUCAUGAGUGCAACUGCCGACACAAAUCUGUUCUUAAACUACUUCCCUGGUGCUGGUUUGCUUCACAUUGAAGGUCGUACUUUCCCUGUCACUGACUACUACUUGGAAGAUAUAUCUGCGAAUGAAGCAGAUUCAAGCGAUACCAAUGCCAGCUCCUUAGAGUCCACAAGCAAAAAACAGAAAGACAAACACCGUUUCACUAUUAAAUAUGAACUUAUUGCCUCUCUUGUCAGUGAUAUUGAUAAGCAGCUGGGCGAGGAUAACGGUAGCAUCUUGAUUUUUCUCCCAGGUGUUUACGAAAUUAAUCGUUGUAUGCAACAAAUCGAGAAUUAUUCACCAAAUCAUUUCACUGUGCUUCCACUGCACGCAUCUCUUUCUAGUGCUGAGCAGCAUAAAGCUUUCCAAACUUACAAAAAAAGAAAAAUUGUGUGUAGCACUAAUGUCGCCGAGACUUCGAUUACUAUAAACGAUAUUGUUGCUGUUGUUGACUCUGGCAGGGUAAAGCAAAUAGACUACAAUGCCGAUAGUGACAUGGUGAUAUUCAGGGAAACAUGGGCUUCGCAGGCUGCCUGCAAACAACGCCGUGGACGUGCUGGCCGUGUUCGCAGCGGCUUAUGCUACAAACUGUAUACUCGAAAUUUUGAGAAUCAGCACAUGGAAAAACAGGUUACUCCCGAUAUCCUUCGCAUUCCUCUUGAGCAAGUUUGCUUGUCGGCAUUAUCGAUUUUACAGGCAUUCGGAUCAAAGUCAAAAGUGAAUAGCUUGGAAAAUGUGAAAAAGUUCAUGCGUUCACUUAUUUCGUCUCCUUCUGAACGGAAAGUCAAUUUGGCUAUGGACCGGUUGAACGAAACUGGUGCAGUCUCUGAUGAAGGCGAACUAACCGGUUUGGGUAAUUACUUGGCUGCUCUUCCCGUUGACAUAAAAUGCGGUAAACUGAUGGUAUAUGCAGCAAUGUUUGGUUUCCUUGAUGUUGCUCUUGUUAUUGCUGCCAUACUCUCCGUAAAAUCUCCUUUCCUUCAUUUUGAUGAUCGAGCACGGGAGAAGCGCGCACAAUACGGAAAUGGUUGGGGUGAUUUGAUCUCUGACACAUACGCUUAUUGUCAAUGGGAACAAAGUACUGCACAGUUAUCUCGUAGAGAGACGUUCCAAUGGGCAGAUGAGCGUGGUUUAUCACUUACAACCUUGCAGACUAUACAAUCGACCUUGUCUGACUUGCGUGAAUCAGCUAAGGAACUUCGUUUAUACCAGUUCUCUGAAAGUAAGGGUUGCCGUUGGGAUGCACAUGAUGAUAUGUCUUUAUUAUCAACGAUCAUUGCUGCUGCUUUAAGUCCAAACCUUGCUAAAUGUGUUUACCCGAACAAGAAAUUCAUUGCUUCUACCUAUGGUGCACUGGAGAAGGAACAUGAAGCCAAAGAAAUUAGAUAUUAUGAUCCCAAUGAUGCUCGGGUUUUCAUUCACCCAGGUAGCACAUUGUUCUCUGCCACUCCAAAUCCCUCUAAAUGUGCUUUUAUCGCAUACGAGAAAAAGAUUGAGACAUCGAAGGUUUUUCUUAGCAGUUGCACUCCUGUCAGUAUGCUUGGCAUGAUAUUGUUAGGCUCUAAGUCUGUUGAUGUAGAUCCUCUCGGCAGAGGAAUGGUUUUGAACAAACGCAUUCCUAUUAAAGCAUAUCCCAAACUUGUCAUUCUCUUAAAAUUCCUCCGGACAUAUAUCGACAUCAUGAUACAAAGUAUGAUUGAGCACUCUUUUCGCCAUCAUUUUGCAGACAAAGUUCUUCAUUGCAUUCGAGUUUUGGUGUCUUCUUAAGAGGUAUUAUCAAUAUUUUCUUAGGCAUAUCAUUAGAAUUCAUUAUCUUUUACUUUUUGAAUAGACUACUUACCAUCAAAAACCCCAAAACGAACAAUCAGUUCGAAAAAUUUUCAUUAACUGAAAUACUUUCUAAACCCUAAAACAAACUUUUCGGU